AUGCCGGGUGUGCUACCGAGUGUUCGUCAAGGGGGUUCUGACGCUGUGGUGCCGGGCAUCUUUGCUGAGAUUUUGAGCCGAUCAGGCGAGGCCAGCGGUUGCGGGCGAACCCGAAUGGUCAUCGCGGGCGCGUUGAAAAACCCGAGUGAAACAGGGGUUUUAAGCAGGGGAGAUGGGGAAUGUUACAGCCCGCUCUUUGGGGUCCCGGGCCGCUUAGUUGGGAUGACGCACUGUCUGCAGCCCGCUUCCAUGUUGCAGAUUUUAGUUGUAAAGGAAAUCCACGGCACUUUCACAAUGGAAACUUUGCAUGGCGCCUCGGAGCUGCCCGAAGUCCUCUCGAGACCUGAUGGGAAUACUGUACCGGUAAACCGAAUACCAUAUGCUUGUAUCAAUACCGAAGACUUUACCAGCGGAGCAUCUGCUAUACUUCGCUGCAAUUGCGAACGAAACAUGUUCAACUGA